AGCGCACACCACUACCUCCAUAUUCUCCACCCCAAAUCCACCUCCCGAAGUCACCUCUUUUCAACUCCCAAUCUCGCACGUCGGUUUUGAUAAUGAAUAGAGUAUCAUUAGUUUGAGUAUCAUACUUACACUAUUGUCGCAGUGAUUCUUAUGUAGCGAACGAUAGAUCAUUACCACCACCGUGAGUAUUUGUUUGCCAAAUGAAUCUUCGAGUAUCAUCAGAGAUGGAUUAAGAUGCUACUAACGUUAUUCAUGUUCAUGGAUAAUUGAGCCUAUAAAUCUACGUUGCACGUGAUACAUAGUAGACUUGCUUAGUGAAAGCUGAGCGACCCCGUCUAUUCUCCUGAUUGUACCUGCCACGGCGUACCCGCUUUUAUUCUAAUGUCAACAUAUCAAUCCUAAGAACCAGAUAGUCCUUCCAACGAACAGCGUCAUCUUUUAAGAAAAAUAUUAUCAUCCCAAACUAUCAAAGGUGAAUUCAUUCGGGUAGUAAGAGCUCCGAUUGUAGUUCUACUGAGUGCUAGGUGUACCACGCGUGACGUCAUCUUCAGCAUUCUUCACGAGAAAUCGAACUUAUUUUUCUAAAAGUCUUCGAGAAGAUCCUUCCAUGUGAUUCUUCCUUGUAGUUCCCUAUCAUCAUACCAUUGAGCUGAAUAAUUAUUCUUUGAACAUCGAUUAUCGUUGAAACCCUCCUGAGCCUCAUAAUCACAACUCGCUACGAGUAAAUACAAGCACCAUUUUUUUGGUUUCGGUUGUUGGAAUUCUUGGAUUGCUAUGCGUACUACCCAUCGAGGGCAUCCGCACCUGUCACCAACUGAAGUCAACCAAGCUGCUGCGAAGAUUCCGGCAAAGCUUCUCAUCGUUUUGCACGUGGUACUGCUCAGCAGCUCCAACUGCUAGACGAGGAACAAGAACGAGGUUCUUCCAGGUCAUAUCUUUCUUAUGGACUUGCAGAACAAGUGACAUUCUCGAUAAGCGACUAUCUUCGUUGCAGCGCACUUAGAAUUCGCAAGCUGGGAGGACUUAGAUACAGAGAAGUAGAACUACGUGGGGACGCAGAUACAAUUCAGAUUGCGGACUACGUACACCGAAAAUUUGCCUAUUCGAGACGACAGGUCGCAGUGAAAAGUCGCAGCGGAAGAGACCGUAGCUGUACGUUGGCGCGUGUAUCUUCGCAACUAGAUAAUCUAGAUCUUGCAGCGACGAGUCCACGUAAUAGGCGAUACCAAAACGAUAGAAAGACAUCUUCAAUCUUCCAGCUGACCACUCCACCUCGAAGAGCACAAAAGUUGUAGCGUGGUUCUUCAGCAGAAGACGCCAAGAAUAGGACUCCGCUCUCUCCUCGUCGUCUGGUAGAAGGAGUUGCUCGUCGUUUAGCAGCAGGAUUUACUUCAAGUAAAAUCAGGAGUCACUCGUCUAGAAGGAGUUACUUCACGUUUGAUUGCACAACAAUGUCUGGCGCCGACGCGGCCAACGGCAUUGGGCUGGAGCAGGUCCGGAUGCAGGUCGACGAGGCCGCAGACCUGGUGAACGCCAAUGAUGGUGAGGGUAGUGGCAAUGCCAAGGAGGCCUUGGGCGGACCCAAUCCGAACAACGCUGGCGAGUUUCCUGGUCUAGACGCAGCAGGAAACGUCGUGAAGCGUAGCGGCGCAGACGAGGACGGAAGCAAAUUCGCAGAGAGAAAGCUAGAGAGCAAGCACGCAGCAGCUAGCCAAGAUUCAUCGCAUCUCAACGAAAACGCACAACUUGAAGUCUUUCGUCCGAAUGGUAGAUCAAUCAUGAAGGAUUCUUGUAAGAAGUAGAGCAUCUAAUAAACAUGUGCUUUGUUUGAUGAACACACAAGAAGUACCGCGUAGAUGCCUACCUUAUCCAUCUAUCCAUCUGUCUAUCUACCUACCUACCUACCUCCUCCUACAACGGCUUUUUUGCAUGAAAAUCAUUGCAGGUCAUUCUUUCUUCGUCGGCAUUGACGAGAACGAGUUAGUGGACUGCGCAUUGCGGGAAGUGCUCGAAAAGAUCAAGAAGUGCACUAACACCGAUGCGGACAUCGCCAACACCCCAGCAAAAUGGCUGGAACUUUGCGCACACAACCACGACAUGCCACUAUGA